UCGACACACCUGCCUUGAACUUAACGAAAGAAGCACGAGCGGUGCCUGUGAAAGCACUUUGUUCUAAAUCACGUCUGGAAUGACUCUAUUUAAAAGUGUGGAUUGUAAACAUUGGAAACAUGAUCGACUUUAAAUAUGCGGUUAUUUUCAUCUUGAUGUUGAGCUCCAAACCCACGGAUGCAUUUCCACGCUCUGGACUUGACUUGAGAGGUAGCAGAACCCAGCGGGAUGUCCCCUGCUCAGCCAGCCUGGAGUAUCAGCACGGCAACAUCUGCUGUCUAAACUGUCCAGCUGGUACACGUGUGGAAUCACCCUGCACCGGAACACGAGAGAAGGGGAGGUGUGAAGAAUGCGAGCAUGGGGACACAUACACUGAGCACAGCAAUGGGCUGAACAUGUGUUUCAAGUGCACACGGUGUCGCUCAGAUCAGGAAAUGGUAACUGAAUGUAAUCAAACUCAUAACACUGAAUGUCGGUGCAAAUCAGGGAAAUUCUGUGCUCCUGACCAGGCAUGCGAAGUGUGCAAGAAAUGUUCAAGUUGUGAGAAAGAUGAAGAGAUAGUGAGGAACUGCACCUCUACCACCAACACAGAGUGCAAGAAAAUCCAGUCCAGCUCUGGCACUUCCCGAGCAAAUGCAGCAAUAGUGGUGCCACUCACACUCCUGGCUAGUGGGCUCAUUAUCCUGGGAGCAGUUUGCUGUUGGAAGAAGAGAAACAAAGCAACAGACUCUCAGAGACCCGACGGCAAAGCUGGACAGCGUUAUCCUGCUAACUUUCCCACUGAGGAAAGGAAGACUGGAGAAACCAAAAAGCCAAGCUGGCAACUGGUGAGACCUAAAUCCUCAGCCGGCACGGAGGAUGAACGUAAAGUGCUGUGCGAAAGCCUCAACAGCUCAGCCAGUAACUCCCAGCACAGCCUAACCAGCCUGCCUUCCUCUGCCUUCCCCGUACCUCCCCCCCAAGUCAGUGCUGUGGUCCCCAGGCAGCCCAACAGGAGGGAAGAAUGGCAAUUUCCCAAACUAGUUCCUCUGAAAGGUGAAGAUUCUCUGAGGAAAUGCUUUGACUACUUCGAAGAAGAAUUGGAGGUCGACUACCACAAGAAAUUCUUCCGUCACCUUGGGCUUAACGACAAUGUGAUCAAAAGCAAAGAGAACCUUCACUAUGAAGACAGGGUCCAUGAGUUGCUGAACAUUUGGUUGGAGAAAGUGGGCAGAGAAGCUAGCUUAAAUUACCUGCUGAGUGCAUUAAUUGAUCUGAAUCAGAGGCGAACAGCUGAGAAUAUCAGGGACAGAGCUAUUGUCAAUGAUCAUUACAUCUAUGAGAAUCAAAUAGAGGUGAACUCCGUCUGAAAUGAUGCAUUCUUAAUAUAGUAUUUACGUUGUGAGGUCCUUCCAUCCGAUACUGGUUGGAGUGGCAUCGCACAGGGCUUACGAUCUGUAGUGCUGUUUCAGCCAGUCAUGAAUCUAUUUUGCCAAAACGUUCAUACUGCAGAGAAAGUGUGUCUCAUUAAUAUCAUGUUUGGUUUCAGGUCUAAGCUUGUGUGUUGUCCAGUAAGCAUCACACGAGGCUGCCACCCAUAGUGGUCUGCAGGCUGUCAUGAGAGAAAGCAUGAGUAAUGAUGUCUCAUGAAUCUUAUGGCAUGAAGUCGUCGCUCUGUGAAAGCUUCUCCCUUGUCCCGUGCUGUCCAGUGGAGUAGCAAUGCACAAAGCUUUCCACCCAUAGUGGUGGUAUGUUGAGUAGUGAAUCUAUUCAGCCCAAAAAAAAAAAAAAAAAAAAGUUUGCACAAAGUGCGUAUUUUGCUGACACUGCUGGUUCUGCCGAUUCAGUAAGAGCAUGUUACUGCUAACCCUGAUUAGGAAAUGCAGGAUCUUGUGAAGUUAAACCAGGCUGAAUUAUCUGCCUAGUUAACUCCAAAAUUACAACUUGUAUUGAGUUGUUUUUUUUUUUUUUUGUAUGACUGAAAAUGUUUCUUUCAGCUCUACACGGAGGGUUGAUAAAGUAUUUAAAUGCAAAAAGUGUUUGCUGUCCUGUAUACUACGUGUACAGACUGCUGUUUACCUACACACAUCUCAAGACAAGUUGAAUGUUUCUCAUAGCGAGUGAUGUUCAAUAGACCUUAUUGAUGUCUUAAUCCUUGAAGAUGUGCCUUAUUUAUGUAAUGUCCUCAGGAAUUAAUGUCUUUAUGGUUGCACUGAUUGAGCAACAGAACACGUGAAGCAUCAUCAUAAAUGUCUAGAGAGCACAAGUAUGUUGAGCUAUUAUGGUGGAGAGCAGUCAAGUUGAUAAUUAUUUAAUGACUGUGUUCUCUGCCUGACUGUGUCUUUUAUACUUGUUGAUUGACAGUGUUAAUGAUCAUGGUUCUCAUGGAUCAUGAUAUUUUAAUCUUCUGUCCGCGUUGUUUCCGGUCUGUUGUUACACUUUUGUCAUAACUGAUCACAACUGCAACAUAAAAAUGACAGUAGGUGCUCCUGGGUACCGCUGAUGGGAUACAUAUGGCUUUGCCCAAAAGCACCUGAGAGAAAGUGAAUUUGAUUCAAUUUCCUGCUCUUAAUGAAUUAUGUGCCUGUACAAUAUGAUGGUUCUCUUGCAUUGAGCUUUAUGGCUCUCAGUGGAAGUCGUGUAUACAUACAGUCGGUGACUAAUUAAAUUAAAAACCAACAUAGGGUGUCUUA